CUUCCUGAAGGAGGAGAAGCCCCUGAGAAGGAGUUUUUUCUUUAGUUUUGCUUUUUGCUAUCGGAGGAGGGGAAGCUGUGGGGUUUUACGCGCCGGAAUGAUGCGUCCCAACCGCAGCUUCAUCCUGCUCCUUCUCAACGGAACCGCAUGUUUGGUGGCCCUUGGUCAAGAAGAUGACUCCCCCAACCCUAAGAGCUCUUCAGACGACUCUUCCUCCAAAACGGUGGGCCUUCUAAGCGGGCAGACCCCCCUCUCACCUUUGAGCCGCUGGAUGUUGCACAGUAAGAGCAGAGCAGCGAACGCCACAUCCUUGGAGCUGCCCUACCGUUCCCCGGUCCCUUUCUCCAAGCAGGAGUUUUCCAAACAGGAGUUCUGGGAGAUGUUGGGAAGCGACCUGCUCAAACCAGAUGCCUCCAGCUCUAGAGUCAAGCGGCGGCCAAUUGUCAAGACCGGGAAGUUUAAGAAGAUGUUCGGCUGGGGCGACUUCUACUCCAACAUCAAGACAGUGAGGCUCAACCUGCUGAUCACCGGGAAGAUCGUGGAUCACGGUAAUGGCACGUUCAGCGUCUACUUCCGCCACAACUCCACAGGCCAGGGGAACAUCUCAGUGAGCCUGGUGCCACCGGUCAAGGCGGUUGAGUUUGAUCUGGAGCGCCAAAGCGUGGUCUACCCCAAGGACUCAAAGAUCUUCAACUGCCGUGUGGACUAUGAGAAGGUGGAUCGCAGCAAGCGCACGUCGCUGUGUAACUACGACCCGUCCAAGACAUGCUUUCAGGAGCAGAUCCAGAGCCACGUGUCCUGGAUCUGCUCCAAGCCUUUCAAGGUCAUCUGUAUCUAUAUUUCCUUCUACAGUACGGACUACCGCCUGGUCCAGAAAGUUUGCCCGGACUAUAACUACCACAACGAGAUGCCCUAUCUUCCCUCGGGGUAGAGGCCUUGCAGAGGGGGAGGAGAGGUGGGAGAGGAGACGAAAAAAGUAGGGGUGAGAAGGAGUAACUGCAACAGAAGAGGAGGGAAACCAGGGCUGUGAAUCGUCCUUUAAUGCCACGGUGGAAGAAGACACCUUAAAAAGCCCUCUUUGUAGCCUGACUUCUGUAAGAUGUAAAAACAUAUAUGCAAAACUAAAACU